AUGGUGGCCCAGGCAGGGGCCGAACCUGCAAUCUUCUGAUUAGAAGUCAGAAGAAGUCAGACUGCGAUCAUCUUCCACUCACCAAAACGGAAUUACUCGAACGCUGGAGAUUGGACAAAACGGUACACACAACUUCUUCGAGAUCGCGGAGACAUCGGACACCGACAAACGAAGACGACGGUGUUCAAACCGAAAGUCAACGAUGUCGUCCUCAUCGAACAGGAAGACGCCCCCAUCCACAUGUGGCCGAUGGCUCGGAUCACUGAAGUCAAGAGUCGCUCAGCCCAAGUGAUCAACGGACGAACCCGGCGGAAGCAGGAAUACCCCCAUAAACGAUUGUUUUUCCUGGAAGCCGACCCGACACGUGAGAAACGAGAGCACUACGGAGUCACGCCCCAAAACAAGCAAUGCUCCGAAUUCACCGGAAACGAAAACGUCGCCUCCAGGGCCGGGAGACCAGGAACUGCAGGCGGAGUCCGUCAGGAAGGAGGCGCCAACGAGGCACCGCCGCAGAGCUCUUGCGCCUACGGCUUGCUUGGCUCGAAGGGCGCGAACCCGGGAGUUGUGGAUCCGAUACAGGGAGCUCCUCUUGCAGUCGGGAGUGUCACGAAUGACGUGAAGAGGAGAGAAGAUGAAAAGCAAGAUAAGCACACGCUAUAA